GAUUUAUUUUUUUUCCCUUCUGUGGGAAAUAAAGGCCGAGGCGGGUGAGGGCGGCGCUUUCGCCUGGUCGGGCGUGGCUGGACCCCUUCCCCGGGACGCGGCCUGAGUGGACGACAGACGGGCCCUGCCUGGGCAGAAGAGGACCAUUGUCAUGAAAAGGAGAUUAUAAUAAGUUCAUCCUUAUGAAAAUCAGCUUACAUGUGAAAUCUGCCAGGUAAUACAAGGACCUGUGGAAUAUGAGUGAUGACAAACCUUUUUUAUGUACUGCCCCUGGAUGUGGACAGCGUUUUACCAACGAGGAUCAUUUGGCUGUCCAUAAACAUAAACAUGAGAUGACACUGAAAUUUGGUCCAGCUCGUAAUGACAGUGUCAUUGUAGCUGAUCAGACCCCAACACCAACCCGAUUCCUGAAGAAUUGUGAAGAAGUAGGUUUAUUCAACGAACUAGCAAGUCCUUUUGAAAAUGAAUUCAAAAAAGCUUCCGAAGAUGAUAUUAAAAAAAUGCCUCUAGAUUUAUCGCCUCUUGCAACACCAAUUAUAAGGAAUAAGAUUGAAGAGCCUUCAGUUGUCGAGACAACUCACCAGGAUAGUCCUUUACCUCAUCCAGAGUCCACCACCAAUGAUGAAAAGGAAGUGUCUCUGCAGCAAACUGCGCAGCCGACGUCAACGAUUGUUCGUCCACCUUCUCUACAGGUUCCUAAUGUGUUGCUUGCAAGUUCUGACUCGAGCGUCAUUAUUCAGCAAGCCAUACCUUCACCAACUUCUAGCACCGUCAUAACACAGGCACCAUCCUCCAAUAGGCCAAUAGUGCCGGUGCCAGGUCCUUUCCCCCUGCUGUUGCAUCUUCCUAAUGGACAAACGAUGCCUGUUGCUAUUCCCGCCUCGAUCACAAACUCUAAUGUUCAUGUCCCAACUGCAGUUCCACUUGUUAGACCUGUCACCGUGGUGCCUAGCAUCCCAGGAAUUCCCGGCCCCUCCUCCCCACAGCCUGUGCAGUCAGAAGCUAAAUUGAGAUUAAAAGCUGCCUUGACCCAACAGCACUCUCAGGUAACAAACGGAGAUACUGCCAAGGGACAAACUAGCGGCUUGGUUAGAACUCAGUCUGAAGAAGUACGACCGCAGUCGCUACAACAGCCUGCCACAUCUACCACUGAAACGCCGGCUUCUCCAGCCCAACCUGCACCUCAGACUCCAAACACCGGCGGUCGCCGAAGGAGAGCAGCAAACGAAGAUCCUGAUGAGAAGAGGCGGAAAUUCCUAGAGCGGAACAGAGCAGCUGCUUCAAGAUGUAGGCAGAAAAGGAAAGUCUGGGUACAGUCUUUGGAAAAGAAGGCAGAAGAUCUGAGCUCAUUAAAUGGUCAAUUACAGAGUGAAGUCACCCUGCUGAGAAAUGAAGUGGCACAGCUGAAACAGCUUCUUCUGGCUCAUAAAGAUUGCCCUGUAACCGCCAUGCAAAAGAAAUCUGGCUAUCAUACUGCAGAUAAAGACGAUAGUUCUGAAGACAUUUCCGUGCCAAGCAGCCCACACACAGAAGCUAUUCAGCAUAGUUCUGUCAGCACUUCCAACGGAGUAAGUUCGACCUCCAAGGCAGAAGCAGUGGCGACGUCCGUUCUCGCCCAGAUGGCAGACCAGAGUACAGAGCCGGUGCUUUCCCAGAUUGUAAUGGCUCCUCCGUCCCAAUCGCAGCCUUCAGGAAGUUGAUUAAAAAACUUGCUUUGCUUCUUAGAUAUUCCUUAACAACUUCAAAGGGAAACCAAGGAAAUCAGCCUUCACCUAGGAGAAUCUCUGUAGCUUAGAAAUUAUUCAUCUGUAAAAUUCAAACUUGAAUUUGGCUUUGAAAGUUGGCAAACAAAGGAAUUGCACAGAAUGUUCCGAUCUCUUGAUAGACGCCCAGGUUAGUUUUUUUUUUUCAUUUCUAAUUAGGAUUGCUCGUUAUUUUCCGUGCUCGUCGUGUAAAGUGUUGGUACAGUUGAAAUGUACUCGCUUCUCUAACAUUUGGUGGUGUUCCAAGAACCAUCGAGAUCAGUUAUUUAAUGCUUGUCUCCAAAACUGUGAUAGUAAUCUUGUAACAUUUUAUGCCAAAGUUCUGCAUAGAUUCCUGUUGACUUUGUAUAGUCAACGAGAUCAUAAAGCACUAGGCAAGAGGGGGGGAAACAAAAGGAACAGUAAAUUUGCUUUCAGUCUUUUUGCCUUUGUAUUGUUUUGCACAUUAUAAGAGGAAAACAAUUGGGAGAAUAUGUUUGAUUAUAUUGUGUAGCAUUUUCUUUGGCUUUUUACUGUUUGGGUGUUGUUGUUUUUUGAAAAGAUUUUUGUUUAAUAGGGCCAGUACAGUAUAUGAUAUACAGUACUUUUUAUGCACAUAUGUAAUCUUGAUCAGGGUCACUACUAGCUAGAUUUUCUUGUUUUAAAAAAAGCUGAGGUUGGCUUCGUUAGCACUUCCAUUUUAAAAAAAAUCAGGAGCUUCAUUUCUGCAGCUGCUCUUGUCUCACUAGACGGAUGAAGAACAGCGGACAGGGUUAGGAAAGAUGGAAUACUUUUUCAAAGUCAACUCGAUGUCUUGUGGAUUCUUGAGUCUUUAAAGUGAGAACCUUAUUCGUGCGCCAAUAUGAGAUGGAUACCAGGGAAGUUUUUAAAAUUCCCCUCAUUAAGCAAACUCAAGACUGUUUCCCUUUUUUUUGUUUAGCUUUCUUUUGGGGGGGGGGUCAUUGUUGAAUAUUUGCAAGGUAACUUGUACUUUAUUCUUGUGUCAGCACUGUCACCCUUUAGUAGCAAAAUUUUGAUAACUUUCUUGUGGAAAAAUAAAAAAUCGAUAUCUACUGUUCCGUGGAAACAAUGUAAUUAUAGCGUGAAGUGUGUCUGUGUGUGAGAGAGACAGGGAGAAUGAUUCUGUAGUGUACGCCAGCAAUCAGUGCUUGAAUGUUUAAAGAUGCCUUCAAUGUGAUGCUGGCUUCAUAGAGGACUGAAGUUUUGAAGCGUUAUUUACUGUGUGAACUUGGAUAACUAACAUUCCAUGAUGUAGUUUGUUUUCUGAUGAGAUGAUUGUAGGUACACUUUUUCUCAUUAUCCAAUCAUCUGUAGGAUACUGAGUUUUUUUAAAUGUGCCAUUAUCUAUUUUAAUUCUGUACCCAUGUUUAAAAUACAGUAUAAUAUUUUAUGAUUUAAAUUGUAAAAGAACAAAAAUAGGUGUGUGUUCUUUCACAUUUAAAAAAAGACACCUUUGUAUAUAGCAAAGUAAAUUACGCAGCAGCGACAUCUGGCAGUAAAACAGAAUUCUAUUAUGUAUAUAACAGAACACUUUAAUGCAUUUAUUGUGAGUUGUGUAACUCAUUUGUUCUACUCUGUUCUAUACUCUGUUUUUAACCUAGGUGCCAUCAAAGCUAUGAGACAUUCAGUUUUAAAUCAUUGAAUUUUAAUUGGUGGUACUGGCAGAGGACAACUUUUAUUUGUAUGAUGUACAACCAAACAAGAAUGGAAGCUGGACGAAGUCAUCUUAAAUUAUGUAUAUAUCAUUUCAGUGCUUUACGUCUAAAAAUAAGGAUUUAAAUAUUUUGUGUAUUGAAAAUGUAAGGAUACAGGUUUUUAGAAAAGUAUUCCAAAUGCGUUCAUUUAAUCAGGUUUUCUUUUAAAAGAAUUUAAUUUUCAAAAACAAGUGUUCUGAACAUUGGUGUUUUUUUUUCCAAAGUACCACAAGUACCAUGAGAGACUCUCAGGCACCAGAUGUGAGCUUGCAAGCAAACUCUCAGGCCCCUUCCGCACAUGCAGAGUAAUGCACUUUCAGUACUGUGUGGAAUAGCAAACUCCACUUUCAAACAAUUGUGAAAGUGGAUUGAAAGUGCAUUACUCUGCAUGAGCGGAAGGGUCCUUGGAGAUAAUUGCCCUGAUCCACCUCUGGUCAUAUCAGAAUAUGCUGGGGGAUGGAGAUGCAUUCCACUCCAGUGGGGGAGUGAAACAGCGCAAACAAAAGGUGCACCCUUGUGCUUCUUUGUAUCCAGUUCCACGUAUACUUCUCCAUUUUGGAUCAGGGCAAGUGUCUCCCAUUGUGGACUGGACAAGUUAGAUAUGGACCAAUGUGGUUACAUUUGCUCCCCAAAAUAUUAUGAGCAUAGAUCACUAGAUGCUGCUCUGCUACCUCCCUUCAUCUCUGUUCCCAGGCAAACCUUUGAAAUGAAUGGUGUUUCCGCAGUAGCAAUGCCUGGUGCUGUAAUAAGGCGGUGCUGUUUUUAAAAUCUUGUUUAAUAUAAGAGUUGUUUUUGGUUCUUUUUUUUAAAGUAAUAAAGCUAUUGCUGUUGUAAAGUAAAAUCUAAAUAUGUGUGAGGAAACAUGUAAAUGAUUUUAAUAGUAGGGUUAGUUGUUUUUUUAAAAAAAAUCCUAUCUUAUGUUCAGCAAGCAGAAGAGAAAACCGCCACCAGUUGUACAACCAUCAAUUCUGUCUCAAAAUGUAUGUCACACUACUUCUGUACAUCGCCUCUGAGAUCUUUGCAUUUGACAUGUUUCACAAACUGUACUGUUAUCUUCCGUGUGCAGUUUGCAUGAGUAAAUCAUCAGAGAAUAAAAUCUAUCUUUAAAUUGUA